UAUUACCAUGUCCUCCACUGCUGCAUCGGCCAGCUGGAGGUCAACCUUCUCUAAUGUGCCGCCACUAACAAAAAGCGUCUCUACAGCCAUGACGGUUCUGACAGCCUUAGGGUUCACCAUGCGCUUUAGAGACAUGCUAUUCGCUCGCUACACGUCUAUCGACUCUAGUACAGGCACCUCAGACACUUUAGACCAACCUACCUCAUAUGCAGAUUCAUCGUUCGUCCCAUUGAUAGCCAUGGUGCCUGCCUUGGCACCGUAUCGAUUUUGGACAUUUGCUACAGCAUCAUUUUUUGAAAAGAGCAUAAUUCAGUUUGCAAUCAAUACUGCAGUCCUGUUAGGGAGUGGUAAGUAUCUAGAAAGAGCAUGGGGCUCGCGUGAGUUCUUCAAGUUCUUAGCUGUCACUAGUAUAGGCAGUAUGCUUGCCCUCUACUUCACCUGUCUAUUCGUGUAUAUUAUCCGCGGUAACGAGGAUCUUCUAUACGAAACCCAAGCCUAUGGACUGACCGCUGUUAUGGCAGGCUUCCUGGUUGGGUUCAAGCAGCUUGUUCCUGAGCAUCUGGUCACCGUUUGGGGCGUCUUUUCGGUUCGCGUCAAGACAUUGCCUAUACUUUUUGCAGGGUUCAUGGUGUUUGAAAGCCUUAUUACUCACAGUCAGAUUCAACUCAUACUGGCUAUUUAUGGCCUCUAUAUCUCCUGGGUGUACUCACGAUUCUUCAAAACUCAGGAUGGUAUUCAAGGCGACCGAAGCGAGACAUUUUCUUUUGCUUCUUUUUUUCCUGAGGCUGCUCAACCUCCAGUCAAAGUCCUAUCAAGCCUUGUAUUUGGGAUCCUGGUACGGUUUCGUGUAUGUUCACCAUUAGGGUUUGGAGGCAGUUUAGAACAGAAUCUUGAAAACUCGCAAAUGUCGGGUAUGAUCCUUCCUAUGACACAGCCUGCCAGUCUUCGCGUCGAAGCAGAACGUCGGAGAGCGUUGGCAUUGAAAGCGCUGGAUAUGCGGCUUCAUGCAGCAGCAAGUAAUGGUGCUAACCUCCCCGGACUAAGUCAAAAGACAUUUUUGGGUCCGACGCCUUCAGCAGGUACACCUAUCGCUUUUCCACCAAUACCCUCAGGGCCAUCAACUACAUUCAAAGUGCAUCCAACUCAAGAUACUGUUUUGUUUGAGACCACAGCACUGGAUGACGACACCCCGAACGCAGAACAAUCUAAACAACCAUGUACCAGCAGUUCGGGUUCUGGCACAAAUGAAAAACCAUGAAAGAACUAAAUAAACUGUCUCUGUUCUCCACAUCUCCAC